AUGGACACAACUCUGUGGGAUGAGGAGCCGGCAGUGGUUCUUGACAACGGCAGCGGUAACAUCAAAUGCGGUUUCGCUGGCGAGGAAGUCCCACGGUGUGUAUUUCCCACGGUUAUUGGGACCCCGAAGAAAAGCGGAAGCAACCCGCGUACGUAUGUGGGUGAUGAAGCUCUACGGGAGAAGGGCCUGCGCUAUGCGUACCCGAUGGAGCACGGCAUCGUUACGGAUUGGGACGGGAUGGAGCGUGUCUGGCGGCACGCGUACGAGGAGCUGCAUGUCCCUGCAGAGCGACAGGCAGUGCUGCUGACGGAACCCCCACUGAACCCCAUUGGCAAUCGUGAGAAGAUGGCAGAGAUUCUCUUCGAGUCUUUUGCUGUGCCGGCGCUCCACGUGCAGAUUCAGGCCGUCCUAACGCUUUACGCUGCCGGUCGUACAGACGGGCUUGUGCUCGACAGCGGUGACGGCGUCACGCACCUCGUGCCUGUGUUUGAAGGGCAGUCGAUGCCCGUGGCUGUGCGGCGGCUGGAGCUCGCUGGGCGCGACGCGACGGAGUGGAUGAUGGAGCUGCUGAGUGAUGAGCUUGGUCGUCCGUUCACAACAACUGCGGACCGCGAGGUGGCGCGGCUUGUGAAGGAGCGUUGCUGCUACGUCGCAGAGUCUUUUGACGAGGAGCUUCAGGCCGCGGAGGAGGCGGUGGAUGAUAGCGCCAGCGAGCGCUUCACGCUGCCGGACGGCGCGACGAUUCCCGUUGGGCGCGCACGUUUUUGCUGCCCGGAGCUUCUCUUCAACCCCGCGCUGGCGGAGCGGCCGUACGACGGCAUCCACCGCGCUGUUGCCGACUGUGUGGAGUCAUGUCCCAUCGAUCUACGGCGGCGGCUGCUCGGCAGUAUCGUGCUCUCGGGCGGCAACACCAUGUUCAAGGGGAUGCAACAACGCCUGCAGCGUGAGGUCGCGGCGCUGGUGAACCCCCGCGCGGCUGAGGACGUCUGCGUUGUGGCUGCGAAUGAGCGUAAAUUCAGCGUCUGGAUAGGCGCUGCGAUUCUCGCCAGUCUGACGUCCUUUGCGUCAGAGUGGUUCACGCAGCAGGAAUACAACGAGCAUGGCUCCUCCAUCAUACACAAACGGUGCGACUCCCUCACCUUUGUGUCCAAGUAG